GCUCAAUCGAUUCAAACCAAUCAUCGGAAAUUUGAAAGCGCAAUGCUUCUUGAUACUACAUAUCAGCAUGAUACUACCUGACGCAGUACAUGCAUCCAUAGCGACUUAUUGUACCUCUACCAAAUAUAGCUAUCCACUUUCAUACUUAUUCUUACAAGAUGGAACUCAUUUGGCUCGCCGACACACCCCAAUCGCAGCGUCGCACUAGAGCCUUGAGAGCGUGCGCUCUUUGCCAACGAAGAAAGAAACGCUGCCGCCAUCUAGGUAUGCAAAACAGCCAAGUCCAAAACCAGCAAAGGUCAAGCCAUCCCAUCGAACAAAAUGAGUUCGGUCCUAUAAAUCACCAAUCUAUUAGUUCCUCGUACCCUAGUACACAGACCAGCUCAAGGGUCACCCACCCAGUGCCUACAGAUUUCACCCGAACAGAGCGUUUCGUGGGAGAUCUUAAUCCGGAAGCUGUGAUUCGGGAAAGGCUCGACGUCUCAUGCGAAAGUCAGCUUCGAGACCGGAUUGGCCUCUGGAUUGGCUCCCCAGCUACGCGCAGCGAUGCAGGAGGUAUAGGAACAACCUCCGAUGCGUUUACUGUUGCAUCAGGCUAUUCAUCCGAACCCGUCGGGUCGCAAUAUGUUGCGAAUUUGUUGCACCAGCGGUAUGCAUCAGCCCUUAAAACUUGUGAGCGUCUCCCUCUUUCGACAAGAGACCGCUUGGUCUCCAUUUAUUUCUGCAGGGUUAAUCACAUUCUACCAAUUGUCGAUGAGGAGUCGUUCCUUCUUUCCCAAUCUGGAGGUACGACAUCAGUUUUCUUGGAAAGGGCAAUUUGUCUUGUUGCUGCGAAAGACCAAGCGGCCGGUCCUUGGCUUCGGCUCACCACUUAUGGACCUCUCAUGACAUCACGCCAGUUCUGCUCUGAGUUAUACAGAGGCCUUGUAAUCGCUCUCAAUGAGGGGCUUGAGUCCGACCGGAUUACUCGUAUUCGCACGUUAGCACUAAUGUCCUUGCAUUGCGAGGGUUAUGAAGGAGCAGAGGCGGCCUCCAUGCACCUUUGCCAGGCCAUUCACCAGGCGCAGACGGUCGGCCUGCAUCUCGACCGGCCUGGUCAAGUACCAGGGGAAUUUUCGACGAGCCUCUUUUGGUGCUUGUGGGCCCUAGACAAACUGCAUGCUUGUAUGGGCGGCCGCCCUGUUCUUCUUGCAGACCCUGAUAUUGGUAUUGAAAAGCCCGGGCUCAAACCCUCCCAUGAAAGGACUGCUUUUGAUGCUUGGUUUGCAAUUUCCGAUUUGCUCUCCCACGUGAUUGCAUUCUAUAGGCCAACCUCAGAUCAUACGGUUGGAUGGGAGACGGGCUUUCCAACUUUCGAAGAAAUUAUGGGUGAUAAUGUUAGACAAGAUCUGGACUUUGCUACCCUUGGCAUCCUAGAGCUUUUCUAUCAUGCUGUGGGCAUCCUUUCAUGUAGAUACAAAGUAUCUAACCAUCCUGACGGUUCUAAGCCUUCAUAUAUCCGUCAAGGUCUUUCGGCUAUUCGAAUACACUCCAUCGUAGCCACUGAAUGUUCGCAAGAUCUACCUCCACUUCCCAUUGUUCCAUAUGCGCUCGCACUUUCUAUGAGCGUAUCGUACCAGCAGAUCCGCUCAAGCAAGCUCAUCACACAUUUUGAUCGAGCCAAAGCUAGCUUGGAAUCUUGCUGUACGCUUCUGGAAGCCUUGGGGAAGCCCUGGUAUUCUGCAGAAGCCAUGGCACGGCUAGGACGAAGAGCCCUACACCAGGUUGACGGUUUGGACCUUAUGCAUCACGGAUCCAAUCAAGACGCCAAUCAACCGUCAGGAUCGGGAAACGUUGCCAUUGACCCUAGAGAUGCCAUAUCAACCUUACCGCCCCCAACCUACCAGAGUGAUGAUCGUCUCAGUGACGUGCCUUCUACCACACAAAUUUCCUUAACUCACGGAUCCUUAGACACGUCAAGCAAUAGCUUGCAAAGCUCCGAAGCCGAGGGCUUAUCUGAUAUUGAUAUGCUCUUCGGAGAUUUCUUGAAUUUAUCGUUACCUACAAACUUCUGGGACCCGGUUUUCUGGCCCUGAAUACUAAUAGCAUACGAAACCGCGUACCCAAAUAAGAACAUGUGAGAAGGGCGACACCGGUAACUCUCUUAUGAAGUAAGGUUGGAGAACAGCAUUUGCUCAGGCCUGGCGGUUUUACGGCGUCUCAUUUGUAGAGAAGGCAUUUUGUUGGAGUCAGUGCCGAUCCUCAUCAGCGGGGCCCUGAGGCCUCCUUUACUUUUCUAGCGACUCCGAUCUAGUUGCCUUUCCCGAUGCAUACUUACUUCAUGUGCUAGAUCUUAUCCUGUACAUAUCUUGAGGAUGCC